AUGUUUAAGAGUUUAGUUACUAAACAGAAUUAUCAGUAAUUAGCUAUUUUUGUUGAUAAUCAGGAUUAUGAGAUAUAAUUUAAGAAUGAUUUUUGUAAUUUGAUAACUAAUUUUAAUUGUUUGUUUUAUCUUGAAUAUUCGAAGAUGAUAAAUUUUUAUUGUUUUAGGAGAAGCGUUAAUCAUUUCUAUUACUUAAUCUUUAAUUUAUUUUUUUUUAAAGAUUAAUUGAAUAUUUAUUAUAAUUUAAUGGUGAUAAGUUAUUAUUUAUUUGCUUCUUUGGGCUGUUUGUUUCUUACUAAUUACUCAAUUUUCUUUUAGAUGACAUUAGUCUAGGCUAAAGAACCUGUAAAUCAAAUUACAUGCUUUCAUUUUUAGGGGAAAUGCUUUCUUGUUACAAAAUUUGUGAGUUAUUUUAAGCUAAGCUUUUACUUUUUUCUAGUUAAUUUUUAACCUUAUUCAUUGAUUUUAUUGCCCUAAUCUAUUGUUAAUAAAUUUAUCUCAUUAAAAAUUUUUAGCUUGUCUUCAUCUAAUUAGGAUCUUAGAGUAUAUUACGUAAAGACUAUUCAUCUCUUGAUUGCUUAUAAACAUUUAAUAUUUCUGACUUGUUUAGCUUGUUCUUAUCUUCUCCAUCAGAUAAGUCCUCGCUUUUUUAAUUUUCUAUCUGAUUUGAUCUAUAAUGUUUUAUGCUUUCUACAUUUUAAACCUUUGAAGGCGACUUUUCUUCAUAAAAAAGGCCUUUUUGGUUUUAAUUUGGAUUAAUUCUAGAUUUAUUUUCAGGCGAAGCAAUAAAAGUAGGAGAUUUAGGAUAACAUAUUUUCUUCAAAGUAACAAUUCUUUUUAUUUUUUUAAACUCUGGAGAUUAUUCAUUUUAAGCUAUAAUACUGUUUUACUAAGCAAUAUCUUAGUUAAAUUUAAUUCUCAUCUUCCACUAAUCAAAUUCAUUUAAACCACUGGUUAUAUCAAUAGUAUUGCUUAUACUCUAACAUCUUAUUUUUUUAUCUGUGA